AGCGCAUAGCGGCCCAGUGCGGUAUAGCGCAUAGCGGCCCAGUGCGGUAUAGCGCAUAGCGGCCCAGUGCGGUAUAGCGCGUAGCGGCCCAGUGCGGUAUAGCGCGUAGCGGCCCAGUGCGGUAUAGCGCGUAGCGGCCCAGUGCGGUAUAGCGCGUAGCGGCCCAGUACGGUAUAGCGCGUAGCGUCACAGUACGGUAUAGCGCGUAGCGGCACAGUACGGUAUAGCGCGUAGCGGCACAGUACGGUAUAGAGCGUAGCGGCACAGUGCGGUAUAGUGCAUAGCGGCACAGUGCAGUAUAGUGCAUAGCGGCAUAGUGCAUAGCGGCACAGUACGGUAUAGCGCAUAGCGGCACAGUACGGUAUAGCGCAUAGCGGCACAGUACGGUAUAGCGCAUAGCGGCACAGUACGGUAUAGCGCAUAGCGGCACAGUACGGUAUAGAGCAUAGCGGCACAGUGCAGUAUAGUGCAUAGCGGCACAGUGCAGUAUAGUGCAUAGCGGCAUAGUGCAUAGCGGCACUGUACGGUAUAGCGCAUAGCGGCACAGUACGGUAUAGCGUAUAGCGGCACAGUACGGUAAUAGCGUAUAGCGGCACAGUACGGUAUAGCGCAUAGCGGCACAGUACGGUAUAGCGUAUAGCGGCACAGUACGGUAUAGUGCAUAGCGGCACAGCACAGUAUAGCGCAUAGUGACUUUAUCGGAGCCUCGCUGCUCUCUGCCAUGUCCAGACUGGAACCGGCGGCCAAUGUCAUCCUGCGAGUGCCAGGUAUCGUUCUCCUGGAUCUGCUGUACCGCUGGGACAUCCAGGAACUGGCAGAGUCCCCGCAUCCCACCUACCUCACCUCUGUCUUCAGGACAACAUACCUGCAGUGUGCCUACUACCUGGCUCACCUGGCCUGUGCAGUCCUGCUUCUACUACCUCUGUGGUGCCUGGUCAGCAUCUACCUGUAUCUUCUCACGGUGCUGCUCCUGUACGUGGCUCACCAGAUGGUCAGAGAUUACAUCCGGCAAGAGAUGGAGACGGGAAUGUCGGGGUCUGUGUACGAUGACCCGGCCUCAUUGACUCGAAGCGUCAGCGCACUUGUUGGACUGGUGAUGGUGGGCACACUCUGCUCACUGCUAAUGCGGACACGCCAGCUGUGGCUCUUCAGUGCCCCCGCCCUGCCCCUGUUAGCCCGGAUGGCAAUGCUUCCUCUGCUCACUUUGCCUCUUCUGAACACGGUGUCCACAGGCCUGUCUCUGAUGGUGGUGUUCUACAUCGGGCUGUCCAGCCUGCGAGUGCUCCUCAGCCUCUUCCAGGAGGCCUGGGAGGAGGUGUUACAGGUGACUGAGCCGUACCGAUUAGUGGCUCUGGCGAUGUCUCUCUGGUCCCGGCUGGCUGUACCCCUGAUCUUCCUGGUCUUCUGGCUGGUGUUAUUCAUCCUUCACCUACACAACACCUUGUCUGCUAAGGCGGGAAUGCUGGGGCUCCAGGGGUCAGUCUUCAUCUUUCUGAGCAGUGUUGCUGAGUGCUGCGGGACGCCGUACUGCCUGAUUGGACUGACGUUCACAGUCUCGUACCUGGCUCUGGGAAUGCUGAAUCUCUGCAAAUUCUUCCUGUUGGGGUUUGCGGCCUUUGAGAAUGGGAAUGUCGUGCACAGGGGAGUAACAGAGGGAGUAACACUAAUGCUGCUGGCUGUACAGACUGGACUCCUGGAUCUGCAGGUCCUACAGAGAACAUUCCUUCUCAGCAUCAUCCUCUUCAUCGUGGUCACCUCCACCCUCCAGUCCAUGAUUGAUAUAGCAGAUCCCAUAGUGCUGGCCCUGGCUGCUACUGGUAACAGGAGUCCAUGGAAACACGUGCGCGGAGUCGCCGUAUGCCUCUUCCUGCUGGUGCUGCCGUCUGUCAUGGCAUACAAGAUCUCCUCUCUCUUCCAUAUGGACUUCUGGCUGCUCAUCCUUGUGUCCAGCUGUCUCCUGACUUCCCUGCAGGUCCUGGGAACACUCUUUAUUUAUGCCCUGUUUAUGGUGGAGCUCUUCCAGGACAGUCGGGUGGGGCAGAUGGAUGAGAUUAUUUACGGCGUGAACGGCGUGAGCCGGGUGCUGGAGUUCCUGGUGGCGCUGUGCGUGGUGACUUACGGCAUGUUGGAGUCCAUGUUUGGCGAGUGGAGCUGGUUGGGGGUCUCGAUCCUCAUCGUCCAUUCUUACUUCAACCUCUGGCUGAGGGCGCAGUCUGGAUGGAGAAGCUUCCUGCUGAGGAGAGACGCCUCUAAGAAGAUCGGAUCUUUGCCCAGGGCCACUAAGGGGCAGCUGAGGGUCCACAAUGACAUCUGCUCCAUUUGUUACCAGGAGAUGUCCGUGGCAGUCGUCACCCCAUGCAGCCACUUCUUCCACGCGGACUGCCUGCGGAGGUGGCUCUACGUUCAGGACACCUGCCCCUUGUGCUACCAGCAGGUGAAGCCACCUGGUGCUGGCAGAUCGGAUACAGAGUCCCUGACGCAGGAGGAAGACGCAGACCCUGGAUCGGAAACCGGUCACGCUGGAGCACAGGAGGAAGUUAGGCCGGAGAUGGAGGCGAUGGAAGGAUCCAGUACGGUGGAGCAGGUCCAUGCCGGGCUGGCAACAGCUGCAGGAGGACACGGAGGUGUGGUGGUGACCACCGAUAAGGAGAUGGUGGGAAGGUGAAGGGGUGUUGAUGAUUAAACUUGGAAAGUGCAAUAAGCCAGAGAUGAGACUGAAGAGUAGAUGAAGAACUGAAUAAGGCCAGGGACAGAAACGUGUGGACUCUGAAGAACUGAGCCUCAGUGAUGGGAUUUAUGUGGAUGCCUUCAGGAGAUGUUGGGAAAAACCUUGCAAAUAUGGAGGAGAAAUGACAACCACUUGCUGGUGUGAUACUGUAUAUCAGGACCCACUGUGACUUUCCAGAAAUCCUGUGUCUUUCUAGUAGAGAGCAGUGGAUGAGGUAAUGGAGGUACUACAGGGAUUAACUAUUACAGAUGUUAAUUACAGCAAUGAGGAGAGCCACAUCUCUUCCAACGUGGAACAAGCAAUGAGGAAUCAGUCUGUACGGAUUUUAGCCACUUGAUCAGUGAGACCACGGCACAAACCUCUAUGUGUAAUACAGUAAUGAAGCCAUAAACCCAGCUGGACUGGUGGCUCCUGGGGAAUGGAGCAGCACAUUGUGGCUGCAGGUUCUUUUGUUUAUUCUAGAAUGAUACAAUUUAACAAGAGUCCUUUAUUAGGAUCAGCACAAGAAUUUAGCCUUCAGAUGGAGUCGUGCAGCAAUUGGCGUAGCGAGCCAGUCAGUCACAGGCCAGGUUUUCCUGGCUUUAUGCAUUACUCUCACUGAGCCAUAACGAGGACUCGCGUCAGCUGCACAUCUCCCUAUUCUACCUUGCCUUACCUCAUUUUGUUAUACCUUGCUGCCUUCUCCUCCAAAUGCACUAUGCAUAGUAAUGUACCAAAUAAAUAUGACCGCCAAACAA